AUGGAGCUGUCUCUGGUUAAAGGCGAUACAAUUGAUGACGGUGAAACUGAAUAUUUGAGUGAUGAAGAUGUGAAAUUAGCUGAACCAUCUAAAAUGGCAGUGAAUAACAGAGAUGCUCUAUUGGAUAAAGUCGGAGACAUAAGCUGGCCUGAGAAUGUGGAAUGGAUACACAAACUCUCCGUUGAUAUUGAUCAAGAGCAGGAAGUAGAUGUUAACGAUGACUUGGCACGAGAGCUUGCGUUUUACACUCAGGCAUUGGAGGGAACUAGACAGGCUUUUGAGAAACUUCAAUCAACGGGUCGACCUUUUCUAAGACCGGAAGAUUAUUAUGCGGAUAUGGUCAAGGCGGAUAGUCAUAUGGAAAAAGUGAAGAGUCGGUUGUUAGCAGAGAAGCAGAAGAUGGAAGAGGCUGAAGAGAGAAGAAAGGUGAGGGAGGCGAAGAGGUUAUCUAAAGAGAUUCAGUCGCAGAAGUUAAAAGAAAGGGCUAAGCAGAAAAAGGAGGACAUUGAAUCUGUUAAGAAAUGGAGGAAGCAGAGGCAACAGAGCGGGUUUGCUGACAAUGAUGCAGAUAAGGCUUUGAACUUUGAGGAUGGAAAAGUGUUUGAGAGGUCACAAAAGAAAAGGCCCGGAGUGUCUCCGGGCGACCGAUCAGGAGGUAAGGCAAAGCAAGCUUUUGUAAAGGGGAAGAAGCAAAAGAAAGGAGAUGUGAAGAAUUCCAAAUUUGGGUUUGGAGGUAAGAAGGGAUUGAAGAAACAGAAUACAGCUGACACUACUAAUGAUUUUGGUGGAUUUAGUAAAAAGGGCGCUGUUGCAGGAAAUAAGAGAAAGAGAUAA